AUGUCAGGCGUCGCUUCGCUGUCCCAAAGGUUCCCAGAAGGCACAGUGAACCCGCCAACAGCGUUGGAGGACGAUACUCCCAAAGAACAGCGAGCAGACGCCAAUGACCGACAGCCACAUCCUGUGGACAGACAGUCACGGAGAUGCUCACCCAAUGUCCCGUCUGCUGUCUCGGUGGCGCCAAGUUCGCCAUCAGAACUCGAGAUAGAAGCCCUACAGGACGCAGAGGAAACGAGACGUGCAGAGACGAUUGACCGACCACCAGACGAAGACGAAGGCGUCAGACGACCUGUUAUCUAUCGACCUUAUGACCUACCGGUCAUCCUCUUACUGGCUCCAGCAUCCAUCUUCGGUGUCCUUUCUCGACUGGGACUUCAGGCAUUAGCAUCCUUCCCUGGCCAGAGUGUCUUCCCCUUGCUCUACGUGCAAGCCCUAGGAUGCUUCAUCAUGGGAAUAGGAUUGCGAUUGAAAGAGCCUCUUGGAAACUUCUAUGGCCCGUUCUACACUGCACUAACGACCGGUUUCUGUGGUUCUCUUACCACGUUCUCGAGCUGGCAGCUAGAGAUCUUUAAUGCAUGGAUCAAUGCUGGCGGUUAUCCACGGAGCGGAUUAUACAAUGCCGCGGAUGGAAUAGGCAUCUCCUCCGUCACCCUCUGUAUGUCUCUCGGAUCCCUUGCUUUCGGCUACGACGUUGCAUCGGUCGCUCUGUCCAGGUUGAAGUUCCCUGCCUUCCCGCCAUGGUGGCAGCGCUAUGCCAUCACCCUGUUGUCUGGGCUAAUGUACAUCGCGACCAUCCUCACCUACCUUUUUCUACCAGCUCGAUUCAGACACCAAGCAACCGCCGCCAUACUCUUCUCCUAUCCCGGAGCGCUGACACGAUACCUCCUUUCCAUUGCCUUGAAUACCAGGUUCAAGAUCUUGCCUGUAGGAACGUUGACCGCCAAUAUCCUCGGAUCAGGUCUCCUGGCCGCAUUCCACGUCCUGCAAAGCCUCAAUACACCGUUCUCUUCCAAUACCUGUUCCCUUCUGCAAGGACUGAUAGACGGAUAUUGCGGAUGUUUGACUACUGUAAGCACUUUCGCGGCGGAAAUUCGUGACCUCGGGUGGUGGAAGGCCUGCCGCUAUGCAUUCAUUAGCUGGGGCCUAGGCCAAAUUGUCAUGUUGUUAGUUAUCGGACCAGCGCUCUGGACAGGGUCAGCCCAAGACCAAAGGACAUGUUCGUUUUGA